UCACUUCCGCCCGUUGCCGCCGCUACCGUUGGGGACCCCCCGCUCGCGGAGGCGCGCUCGAGCGACGUGAGCGGCUCAGGGGACGGACAGGCGGACGGACGGACAGCGCCCGGAGCGGCAGAGCGGCGGCAGGCGGCGGGGGCGGCGGAGGCCGAAGGAGGAGGCCCGCAAGGAGAGCCAAGAGGCCAGGAGAGGCCCGCGCCGGCCCCCGGGGUAGGAAGAGGCGGAGGAACCUGCUGCUGGUGCUGAGGACGGCGGGGAGGGCGAGUCACCCGGCAACGAUUAACUGCUGAAGUACUGAUCGAGUUCUGCUAUUCUUCAAUGAGGAACUACAGGCUGAUCUUUUGCCAUAAUCUUAAACAACCAUAAAUGACAAAAGAAUGCUUGGUCAGUGAGGGCAGCUGGCGCAGAAAACGUUUUUCAAACUCGGCUGUUUAAGUACUCUGAGAAAAGACAGCUUUGAUUUUUGGCUGCAAAAAGAUAUGAGGAAGAGCUCCUCCCCUUCCUUGAGUAACUGCAACUCUGUUCUUGCUAACAAAAUAUUUGGAAUUCCACUUGAUGAGCUGCAGCAAGAAGGGCAACCAGACAAUGAGGUUCCAUUCAUAGUCCGCCAUGUCGUGGACUAUAUUGAGGAACAUGGGGGUCUGGAACAAGAAGGACUUUUUCAAGUCAAUGGGAAUGCUGAGACAGUGGAGUGGCUUCGGCAACGAUAUGAUAAUGGAGAAGAUGUGGACCUGGUUAAAGAAGCAGAUGUACCCUCAGCUAUUAGCCUUCUUAGAUUUUUUCUUCAAGAACUUCCAGAGCCAGUUAUCCCAGGCAGUUUGCACAUACAUUUGAUGCAACUUUCUCAAGAUUAUAAUAAUGAAGAUGAAUUUGGAAGAAAGCUGAGGUUCCUCUUGCAGCAGCUUCCACCUGUUAAUUACAGUUUGUUGAAGUUUCUGUGUAAAUUUUUAGCUAACGUAGCAUCGCAUCAUGAAGAAAUUUGGUCAGCAAGUUCUUUAGCUGCAGUCUUUGGCCCGGAUGUCUUUCACAUUUACACAGAUGUGGAGGAUCUGAAAGAACAAGAACUGGUUAGCAGAAUAAUGGCAGGACUUCUGGAGAACUACUAUGACUUCUUUGAAAACGAAGAGGAAGAUUUUUCAUCUACUAACGAUUUAAGCUCAAUAACUGAGCAGUUCAAUGAUCUCUUGGAAGAGGAGGAAGAUGUAAAGCUUGAGCAGUCUGAAGAACUUCCAGAAGAUGGCACAGGGAAACCUGUUGAAAGGCCAGCGGUGGUGCAUCUAGAUGUGACAGGGAGUCUCUCGGAUUCCAGGAACGUUACAGCAUCAACAAGUGCUCAUAUCUCUCCCAUAAGUAUCUUGCCAGCCUCUGCAGACAUUUUAGAAAGAACAAUUAGAGCAGCUGUGGAACAGCACCUUUUUGACCUGCAGAGCAGCUUGGAUAAUGAUCUGAAACACAUACAGCAACACAGACUGGGCUGUAACAAUGAAGCAAAAAAUCCCAGUGGGGAUGAGGAAGGAUCUAACAACCAGAAUGAUGUUAAUGAAGAUAAUGACACUGGUAGCAGUGAGAACACAGCAGACUGCCCUGAAGUUUUGGGUUGCACUGAUGUAGACAGUGAAGCUAUGAAACAGGAUACUGUAACUGAGGAAGAAGAAAGCAUUCAGGUACCAGCCCUUCCUUCUGCUCAGACUGCAGACGUAUUAUUGGAACCGUGUGAUGAAGAUGCAGAUGUUGAUGGAGAAAAUAAUAGCGAAGGGCAGAAUAGUUUAUUACUUGGUGGCGAUGACAGAACAUCUCCGGAGACGUUGCUGGAUUCAAGUAGCAAGACUUGUGAUCUUAAUGCAAAUACUGAUUCAGAGGUGUUGGGGGAUGGCAACGUUAAUGGUUCCGAGGAAGCUCUGGGUGUCCAAGUACCACGUCUUGACCUGAAGAAUGUAUCUGAUGGUGACAAAUGGGAAGCGCCAUGCCCUAUCACUUUCCCCCUCAUUGAUUUCAAAACAAUGCAUCUGCAGAGAGAAGGGGAGGAUCCGUUUCCUGCUUUCAAGUCUUGGCAGGAGGACAGUGAGUCUGGAGAAGCUCAGCUUUCCCCGCAGGCUGGGAGGAUGACUAAUCACCCGCUGGAGGAGGACUGUCACCCUGUGCUGUCACACCGUAGCCUGGACUUUGGGCAGAGCCAGCGCUUCUUACACGAUCCAGAAACCUUAGAUUCUUCAUCCAAAGCACUUUCUUUUGUUAGAACACGAAGAGGAUCCUUCAGCUCAAAAGAUGACAAGAGGGAAGACAAGACACCUUAUCAGCUUGUCAAGAAACUACAGAAAAAGAUAAAGCAAUUUGAAGAACAAUUUGAAAAAGAGAAAAACAGUAAGCCCUCCUACAGUGAUAUCGCAGCCAAUCCAAAGGUUUUAAAGUGGAUGACUGAACUUACCAAACUGAGAAAGCAAAUCAAAGAUGCAAAGCAGAGGAGCUCAGAUGGAGAAUUCAUACCUCAGCCACGUCCACGAAGUAACACUCUUCCAAAAAGCUUUGGUUCCUCCCUUGACCAAGAGGAUGAAGAACACGGCGACGACCUGCGCGCCGUGCAGAAAGAGAAGAAGCCCUCCAAGGAAGCUACCCUGGAGCUCAUUUUGAAGAGGCUAAAGGAAAAACGAGUGGAGAGAUGUUUGCCAGAGGAUAUCAAAAAAAUGACAAAGGACCAUUUGGUAGAAGAGAAAACAUCUCUCCAGAAAAGCCUCCUCUAUUAUGAAAGUCAGCACGGACGGCCGGUUACUAGAGAAGACAGACAUAUUGUGAAGCCACUUUAUGACAGAUACAGACUUGUAAAACAAAUGUUAACUAGAGCAAGCAUUACUCCUAUUCUUGGCUCUCCAUCAACCAAGAGGCGUGGGCAGAUGCUGCAGCCCAUUAUUGAGGGGGAAACUGCUCACUUCUUUGAAGAAAUUAAGGAGGAGGAGGAAGAAAGUGAUGGUUUGCCUGCAGACCUGAAUGAUAUCUUAAAAACUGCUGCCCAAACCCAGCCUGUUUUAAGCCCAGUUGAAAACUCUGAGUCUGAUGUUGAAGAUGGUCAAGAGAAACUGACCCGAGACCUGAGGCUGUCAAGCACCCGGGCUGCUUCCAUGCCUGAAUUACUGGAGCAGCUGUGGAAAGCCAGAGCUGAAAAGAAGAAGCUACGUAAGACACUGCGAGAGUUUGAAGAGGAGUUUUAUCAGCAGAACGGAAGGAACGUGCAGAAAGAAGACCGAGUUCCCAUGCUGGAUGAGUACAGGGAGUACAAGAAAAUCAAAGCCAAGCUGAGGCUGUUGGAAGUCCUGAUCAGCAAACAAGAUUCUUCAAAAUCAAUUUAAGAUCUGUUCCUCCAACCCAUUGAAUCACCUGAUGUUUCCAUGUGCUACCACUGUACUUAUUGGGUGCUUGUGUUCAUUUGUCAUGCACUGUGGAAAGAAUCCAGCUUGUGCACUUUACUGUGGUGCCACUAGAACACGUUUGCAGGGUGAGUAGGUCCUGUCUAGAGAGCAAGUGAGAUUUCCAAGUUUGAGACUGCUCUGUCCAACUUUAGCAAGCACAGUUUCCACCAGAGCCUUGUAUUACCGAUGCAUCCAUCUUGUUCCAAAACAACCAUAGCUUUUCUUUUUUAUAUAUA